AUGGCGCUCGAAAAAACACCAGCCCCUCCGGAUCCAGGUCCAGAUCCUGAAGCAGGCAAAAAUUCUCCCCUCGCAGAGAACAUCGAGCUCGGCCAGCUCGGCUACAAACAAGAACUCCGCCGUAACCGCUCAGUUCUAACCCUUCUCUUCCAAACUCUCGCAAUAGCAGCAAUUCCCUACGGCGAAGGCUCCGCUCUCCUCUCUGCAAUCUACGGCGGUGGUCCUCUCUCAAUCUUCAUAGGCUGGAUAGUCGUCUGUCUCCUCGACCAAUGCAUUGCGUUCUCCCUAGCAGAGCUAGCAUCCCGCUAUCCAACCUCCGCAGGACCGUACUACUGGACCUUCCAAAUCUCCCGUGGCAACAAAACCACCAUCUCCUUCAUAAAUGCUUGGAUAUGGCUAAUAGGCAACUGGACCAUAACCCUCUCCGUAAACUUCGGCUUCGCCUCCAUGCUCUCAGCAACCAUCUCAAUGUACCACCCAACCUGGUCCGCAAACAGCUGGCAGCUCCUCCUAAUCUUCUAUGCCGUCUGUCUCGGCUCCCUGGCAAUCUGCAUCUGCGCAAACAGGUUCCUCCCCCAGGUCGACAUCGCCUGCGCAACCUGGACAGCCAUCACAAUCCUAGUCAUCCUAAUCGCCGUCUCCGUCAAAGCAGACGCAGGCCGCCACUCAGUCUCAUACACCCUCUCCCACUACGAUAAGUCCUUUGCCGGCUGGUCCGGCUUCACCUUCUUCAUCGGCCUGCUCCCAGCCGCAUACACAUUCUCGGCCAUCGGCAUGAUCUCCUCAAUGGCAGAAGAAUGCUCAAACCCAGCGAUCAAAGUGCCUCGCGCAAUCGCCCUCAGCGUCCCAGUCGGCGGCAUAGCAGGUCUAUUUUUCAUUAUCCCGCUUUGCGCAACUCUCCCUCCAUUGGAGGAUAUCAUCGGCGCGCCGGGCGGCCAAGCCCUCCCGUACAUCCUGGCACGGGUGAUGGGCUCGCCAGGUGGCGGAUUGGGUCUGAUUUUCCUCGUCUUGGUGAUAACGCUCUUCUGCUCCAUCAGUAUAACCGUUGCUGCGUCGCGCUCGACAUGGGCUGUGGCGCGCGAUGACGCAGUCCCGCUUGCGAGACUGUGGGCGCAGGUCGACGAGCGCUGGGGCGUUCCUGUCUGGUCGCUUGUGCUGUUGACGGGGAUUCAGAUGUUGCUUGGGUUGAUUAAUUUGGGGAGCUCGAGUGCGUUUACGGCGUUUGUUUCUGUUGGUGUUAUUGCACUGGCGGCUGCUUAUGCGAUUCCUAUCUUUUUGAGUCUUUGGCAUGGGAGAGAGGAGGUCAGUCGGGCACCUUGGAGGCUUGGGAGUUGGGUUGGAAGGUUUAUGAAUGUCAUGGCGCUUGCUUGGAUUGCGUUUGAGUUGGUGCUGUUUAGUAUGCCCACUGCUUUGCCGGUGACUGCUGUGUCGAUGAAUUAUGCUUCUGUCGUUUUUGUUGGGUUCAUGGCUAUUUCGGCGGGUUGGUAUGUUAUAUAUGCGAGGAAGUACUACAAAGGACCGCCUGAGUCUGAUGCUCUCGAUUGA